GCCCUGCUAGUUACCUCCUUAUUCACUCGCUUGUAACCAAAUAUUGUAGUAUUAAGUUGUAUCAACUACAGGUGCUAUAUGGCUGGAAAUGGAGAAUCUGAAACGAAAAAAAUUAUCAAUCCAAGAGUGGAAAUUGACACAUCUCCGCCAUUCGAGUCGGUAAAGGAGGCCGUGGACCAUUUUGGGGGGAGUGGCCCUUGGAUUCCCCAUCACUUGCUCCGUUUACCACCUCCCGACGAUGAUACUGAAGUUGUAGACGUGGGCAAAAUGGAGGAGCAAGCAGUAAAAUAUGAGAAAGACUUGAUUGUCAAGGAACAGGAGGCCCUCAAUGUCUUGAGAGAAGUGGAAGAAGCUAAAAGAUUUGUAGAAGGAUUGAAAUUAAAUUUGAUGCAAGAAGUAUCUGAGUUUGUGUCCAGUCCCGGUUUAAAUCCUGAGAGCCAAAUUCCAAAUCUUAAUGAGCUGUCAGCAGAAAACUUAAGUCUAUGUCCUCUUCAGUCCCCCGGACAUGUACUAAUGGAAUUGAACCGAGCAAAACUAGACCUUAACAAGAUGUCGACAGACCUUACUGUAAUUAGAUCUUCUGUUGAGACUCUGAAUACGAAAAUGAAGAAAGAAAAAGUAAUGCUUGACAGAAGUAGUCAGAUGAAAAUUGAGGAAAACAACACUAUGACCAAAGAGCUCCAACAGUUGAGUUUUGAAGCGCAGCAAUUCAAGAAAAUGGCAGAAGCUUCAAGAUACGAGGUGAUGAAAGCGAUGUCAGAGAUUGAACGAACAAAGGCAAGUAUUAGAAUGGCUGAAAUGAGAUUACAUGCAGCCAAAAAGAUGGAAGAAGCAGCCAAAGCUGUGGAAGCAAUUGCUUUUGCAGAAAGAAAGGCUUUACUAAAUGGAAAGAAUUCUUCGUCAGCUGUUGUUCAGCACACACCUGAGGGGAUCACAAUUUCAUAUGAAGAAUAUUAUGCUCUUGCCCGGAAAGCACAGCAGGCUGAAGAACUAUGCAAAACAAAAUUUGUAGAUACAAACACUAUGCGCAGAACCAAUGAAGCAAAGAUGGAGGAAACUACCAAAGAAAUUAGACACAACAGGAGUACACUAGAAGAGGCUUUAGACAAUGAAGAUGGUACUCAAAGAAGUCGUCUUAUUGAACAAGAUGGUUUCUACAGGGAGAGAUCGGAACACACUCAAUUGCAUUACUCUGGGCAUAACUCGGCCAAAUCUAAGUUCAGAAAUCCUCAGCCAUCUCUCAGUAGUCAUGGGAACCCCCGGCUGGUUGAUGGCGAUCAACCAGACGAUGUCAAUGACAAACCAGUGCCCGUCUUUCGAUCGUCUAUAUCAAUUGGAGACAUACUGAGCAGGAAGCUGAUUUUGCAAGAUGAUCAUAUUGUCGUGAAUAAGCAUAUGGAAAGCCACACUGAAAGAAAACAUGUGUCUUUUAGCCAAAUGCUUCGGGAACAGAGUGGAAUCAUAUUGAAUCCGUCGAAAACUAUGAAAGAUGGGAAUGUGCACAAGCAAUAUAUUACACAGAAGAAGAAGUUUGGUUUCAUUCAAGUACCACUUCCCAAACAAAAUAAGAAAAAGACGCAGCCUUUAAACAUGAGAUAAUGUUUUCAUCCGAGGAAUAAUGUGUUCUAUCCUUCCUCCGACAUCAGUCUGAUGCUUGUUUUUACUAGGCUUGCACAUGUUUGUUUUUUUUUUUUUUUUUUAAGUGUGUAUUAUGCUGUCAUAUCUAUUGUGUUUCUGAUUUGUGAUUACUGAGUGUUUCCGCUUUCUUUU